AAGUGGCGAAGUUCAGGAAGUGCCGUUGGACUUACUCCAUAAAAAGCAUUUUUAUGUACCAUUUAUGUAAAUACUGAAUCAUAUCAUGUCAUAACGAUGGAAGGAGAAAGUAAAGAGCACUUGGUGGACGUGACGAGGAACAUCAAUGGGGAAACGGUAUCGUGGGGGGCUCCCGAAAUCCAAGCUGAAGACAAAGCAGAAUAUCCGUCUGCGGGACAUGCACACCAUGGACUGACAGUGAUCACAGCAUGCUUGUUUAUAGCUGGAGAAAUGGCAGGGAGUGGUGUCCUGGCACUGCCAAGGGCAGUAGAGAAUUCUGGUUGGUUUGGUUUAGUGAUGAUCUUUGUGUGCUGUCUUAUCUCUGGUUACUGCGGGGUAUUACUGGGCCAGUGCUGGAUUAUACUACAGGAGAGAUGGGAGGAGUACCGCUCUGACACCAGAGACCCCUAUACUUCUAUUGGUGUCAGGGCCAUGGGGAAAGUGGGAAAAUAUUCAGUGUCCUUUGCCAAUAAUGUCCAGUUGUUUGGAGUGGGUGUGGUCUUCCUGUUACUGGCAGCAGAAAACAUUCAAUCAUUGGCCGAGAAUAUAGGACACACAGAGAUUUCAUUCUGUUACUGGAAUCUUCUGAUUGCUGGGUUUUUAACACCUUUUACCUGGCUGGGGACACCAAAAGAUUUCUGGCCUAUAGCAAUGGGAGCUAUGGGGGCCACUGCCAUAGCCUGUGUCAUUCUCACUGCCAAUCUAAUUGUGGACCACAACCAGGUGGCCAGUGUGACGGUCAGACAUGACCCUGUGGGAUUUACCUCAUUCUUCAUGGCAUUUGGAACAAUUCUGUUUGCAUUUGGGGGACUCUCUGUUUUCCCGACCAUCCAACAUGAUAUGAAAAAGCCCAAAGAAUUUUGGAAGUCUGUCACCAUAGGAUACAGCAUUGUUCUCUGUAUGUAUAUCCCAGUCUCUGCAGUCGCUUACUUCUUUCUUGGACACAAACUGGAUGACAACAUUCUGCGUUCUGUAACCCCAGGUCCAAUGCUGUAUAUAGUAGAGAUACUGCUGACCCUUCACCUGAUGAUGGGCUUGGUUCUGGUACUGAACCCUUUCCUGCAGGAGCUGGAGGAAAUCUUCAGAGUCCCCAAUAAGUUUGGUUGGAAGCGCUGUCUACUGCGGACCUGUGUCAUGGCGUGUGUGCUGUUUGUCACCGAGAGUAUCCCCCAUUUUGGAGCCAUCUUGUCAUUGGUCGGUGGGUCCACCGUCACCUUCACGACGUUUAUUUGCCCACCAUUCUUUUACCUCAGACUUUGUGCUAUGAAAGGAGACUGGAGGGAAAAGUUUGUCCCACUCCAUGUAAAAGUGAUGUGCUGGGAAAUCAUUCUGAUAGGUCUCAUUGGAGGUAUAGCCUCUACAUACUCCGCCAUACUACACCUAGCAAAUACUUUUGUUCCACCCUGUUACGUCAAUAUUACAGCAGCAGAUGCAGCGUAAUAAACAAAGUGAA